UCAGAAGGUGAUAUGAAUGGAACCACAAAGAAAGAUGAUAAAAUUGUUGCUGGAAGGAGCAAAAGUGCAGAUAGUAAAUGGAAAGAUCGAAUGAAUCGAGGUCUUGGAAACAUGUCUAAAAGUUUACCCAGUUUUAAUAAGAAUGCGGCAAAUGCAAAAAGUGAUAAAACAAGUGAUACAAAAGUAGUAAUUGAAGAUGAAUCAAAGAAAAAGAAGAAAAAGAAGAAGAAGGAUAAGAAUUUAGAUGUGGAAGAACUUCCACAACAGGAAGAUCCAGAAGUACUAGCUGCAAAGGAAAAAGAGAAAAAAGCAAAAGUAAUGAUUGCAAGUAGAGAUGCUCGAAAUAAAACCAUGUGGAGACAUAUUGCAUGGCUUGUUGUUUUAUUCUCUUUUUCUUUAUUUGGAGGCGUCAUUUUCAGUGCUAUCGAAGGUGGUUAUGAAACGACACAACUUAUCAAAAAGUUUGAACAUGAGAAAGAUGUAUACGAGAGACGAAAGAUCUAUCAAGAGCAACUUUUUCAAAGACUUCGAGAAAUUGAGCAUGAUAACACUAAUCCACGUGGCAGGAAUUCGUCUCGAGAACAUUUUAAACUUGAACAAUCAAGACAUGCCUUGGAAUGGUACGAACAAAAAAUGGGAGUGACGAUUGAAGAACCACAAAUGAGAGAAACAAAAUGGAAUUUAUGGGGAGGUGUAUACUAUUCUGCAAGUUUAUAUACAACUAUUGGAUACGGUAAUUUCCAUCCACUAACCAAAAGUGGUAGGAUUAUAUCAAUGAUGUAUGCAUGUAUUGGUAUUCCAUUAGUUUUCACAAUUCUACUUGAUUGGGGAUUCCUGUAUUUCACUUGGAUUGAGUACGGAUGGAAUCGAUUCAAUGAGAAUUUUUGUCAAAAAAGUCUUCAACGAGACAUGCAACGUCGAAUACGUCGAGAAAGAAUUCGGCGUGUUGGCAGUGAGCUCUCGUUGUCUUCAACAGCUCCAUUACUUCACAGAACUACAACACAGCUUUCAAAUCCUGUUCAACACAUAGAAUCCAACCAUCCGUUGAGCCCGCUUGAUGUAGAUGUACCUAUGGGAGAACAAGUACAGACUGUACCAAUCAAAUCAGCGGCAAUCUUUUUCUUUCUUUGGAUUAUGAUUUCCGCGUUUAUUGUCAGAUUAUGGGAAUACGAAUGGACUUAUUUCACUGCAUUUUACUUUUUCUUCACAUCUCUAACAACAAUUGGAUUAGGAGAUGUGGUUACAAAAACACCAAAUUUUAUCAUUUUUAAUCUGGCAAUGACAUUAAUUGGACUAUCAGUUGUUGGAUUAUGUGCAGCUAUUGUACAAGCAAAAGUCAAAUUGGUAUUCGAUCGAAUGUUGAGGAGUAUUGAUGCACAAUACAGAAUUCGCCAAGUUGAUCCUCAUGUUGCAACAAUGAGUAUUGUAGAAGAUGAAGAAGAAGGUGUGAAACGAUUAAUUCAAUCACAAUCAUUAGAAGACCGAAUCAUAUUUUUGUUUGUUGAUGAACACAAGAAAAGUAUGCUGAAAGAGCGGUGGAAGCAGAAAAGUACAAUGGUUAACAGAAUAACUCAAACGUAUCCAUCAAAAGCUGAUAAAUAUGUUCAAACUGGUCAACGAGUAUAUGAUCAACGUCAAGGAUCGGACGAAGAUCUGAGUGAUGAAGAUGAAGAAGAUGUUGAAUAUGAUGAACUUGGAAAUAAGAUUAUUCCUCCACCUAUUCGUAGAUAUAUUUACACUGUUUUCGAUUAGAAAUUUUCAAAUUUAUAACAUAACAUUGUCUUUCCUUCUGAAGAUCUCAAAUUUUCUAUUAUUUCGGUGCUUUUCAGUCAAUUCUUGUCCUUCUUUAUGGAAUUAAAAAUUUGACAGAACGUCAAAUUAUUAUUUUUCCAUGUCUCGAGCUUUGUUUUUGAAUGAAUUUUUACGGU